AUUUCAGCGCCGUGUCAGUAGACAGUUACAAUGGCCCUGUUUCCCGAUAACGAUGGAUCCAUGCUCGUACGAUCAUUCUCACGAUGCGAACCAUCAUGAAUUUCUUUGGAGCGUUUCCCGAUACUCAAUCCACUCACGACGCUCGUAGGAUUGUUAUUGUCCACUGAGACGGUUCUGAAAUUGGCUAUAUAGGAGGGGGAGACGCAGAAAUGUCGGAGGAAUAUGGGGUUAAAAAGGGUUAUGUGUUUCUUUUUUUAUGAAUGAAAAAAACCCGCUGGUCUCAGCAUGAUUCAUUCAUGUCUUCUGUCAUUGAUCACUAUGAGGACAUUGCACCCACGAUGGUUGAAUUAAAAUCAGAGGGAGACGGCAAGUGCAUGCUCGAAAACCAUGCUCGACCUCCCAAACAAGAGCAAUGGAAUCAAUAGAUUUUAUUAUAUGCCUUGUGAUAGGGUUGCCUUUUGACGAGGCGUUUGAUCGGUACAUUUCGGCUGCGCAUGUAUUAUAUUGCCAUAUAUAUUGUUUUUUUGCUGUUUAGAUUUCUACGCAUUGAUUGGUCACGUGAAAUGACACGCCUAUAAAGCACCCUCCGGAAAAAGGGUUGGCCUAGGGCUUCUGCAAAAUGGCGGACAAGGCGCGAAAGAGGGCAGCAUUGUUCAAAGCUGAAGAACUGAACGUUCUGUUUGAGGAGGUGGAGGCAAACAAAGGCCUCUUAUUUGAUCGCUUCAAAGGUGCCCAAACCAACAAGCAAAAAGUUAAGAAGUGGGGAGAAAUAGCUAAGAGAAUGACUGCGGUCGCUGGCAUCACUAGGUCCAGUGUUGACGUCCGGAAAAAAUGGCAAGACUUUGCCAGUAUUACCAAAAAGAAAGCGUCGGAAUUUCAACAUCAAUCCAAUUUGACUGGUGUGGGGUUGCACAGGGUGCAGGCCCUCAACGACGAUGAAAAGCGAGCCAUGGCCAUCAUAGGCUACCCAGUUUCCCAAAGCCUCACCGCGGGAGUGGAUAUCCAUGCGGGUAUCAAGGAAGAGGCAGAUCCUUCAGGUGAGCAAUGGAAGGAGGAAGAGGAACCAAGGAUCCCCCACCAGUCCACCUCGGCUAUCCCCGCCUCCAUACCCGCCAUGACGCCCCUGCUGACCACAGCUACCCCUUCCACCGUCUCAACUGCCACCGCCUCCGUCAUGGUGGAGUUGGAGAGGGAGAAGGUGGCUCUGCUCAAGGACGUGUGUGGUCUUCUCCGGGAAGCCUCCGAGCGAGACGCUAAAUAUCAGCAAGAGGUGAUUGUGCUGAAGAGGGCCAAGUUGGACCUCAUGGCACGUCGGCUUGCCCUCGAGGGGGAGCGGUUUGAAGUAAAACCUUCCAUAAUUACCCCGGAGCAACAAGAUGGCGACGCCGACGGGUCAUGACGGGUAGGACCGCAUGGCUAUCCAUCCCCCGGGGAUGCCAUGGGAGGCGGAGAAGCCCAUGAUGCCCAUGGUUUGUCCUUCCUUAUCGUUGAGGGACUGCGCCGUGUUCGCCCCCGCAUCCGUCUAAUUGGUUUGAUGUCGAACUUCCGACGCUUUCUUCUUCGCUCCACAUCGGACCUAGUGACCGCAGUCAUUAUCAGCUAUUUCCCCCCCACACUUCUUAAAAUGUUGCUUGUUGGUGUGGGCACCUUUGAACCGUUUUUUCUUUUGAGUUUUGAAAUAAAAAAAAAACGUGUUUUUUCAAA